UCCUCUGGGACCCCCUUCUGGGGCUCCCAGCUCCCAGACUCUCCUACUCGUGCCGAGCGCGUAUUCCGGAGGCACCUGGGGGAGGGGAGUCCUGGGCUGGACCGGGCUGGGGAAGACGCCUGGGGCACUGCCCGGCGCUAACAAAGGGAGCCGGCUACCGGCCGGCGUGGGCGCGGAGCGGGCGGAGCAACCGCAGCCGCGCGGCCGAGAGUGCAGCGAACGGGGGUAGAGCCAAUUGUACAGAACGGUGCAGUCAGCAGCCCAGGGAGAAGCAGUGAAUGUCAUGGAGCCCAGCUGAAAUGGACUGGCCCCCUUGAGCCUGUCCCAAGCUCUGGUGCCAGGUUUCUAACCCAGUGCUGAGAUGCUUUUUGAUCAUCCUGAGAAAAAUGAGCCUUGGCCUCCAGACAAGCGAACUUCCUCCCUCCCAUGGAAAAUAGUGCUAGUUUCUGAGGACCUGGAGGGUCUGCGGCCCCAAGAUUAGCCAGAAGCAGGCUUGUUUUUCUGCUCAGACUGAAGUGGCUUCCCUGAACACAUCUUCAUUAUGAUUCACACCAACCUGAAGAAGAAAUUCAGCUGCUGUGUCCUGGCCUUUCUCCUGUUUGCCAUCAUCUGUGUGUGGAAGGAAAAGAAGAAAGGGAGUUACUAUGAGUCCCUUAAGUUGCAAACCAAGGAAUUCCAGGUGUUGAAGAGUCUGGGGAAACAGGCCUUGGGGUCUGAUUCCCAGUCUGCAUCCUCAAGCAGCACCCAGGACCCUCACAGGGGCAGCCAGGUCCUCAGCAGUCCCAAGGGUCCCGCCAAGGCCAAACCAGAGUUCUCCUUCCAAGUGUGGAACAAGGACAGCUCUUCAAAAAACCUUAUCCCCAGGCUGCAAAAGAUCUGGAAAAAUUAUCUAAAUAUGAACAAGUACAAAGUGUCCUACAAGGGGCCAGGGCCAGGUAUCAAGUUCAGUGCAGAGGCUCUGCGUUGCCACCUCAGGGACCACGUGAACGUGUCUAUGGUAGAGGCCACAGAUUUUCCCUUCAAUACCUCUGAAUGGGCGGGUUACCUGCCCAAAGAGAACAUUAGGACCAAGGCUGGACCUUGGGGCAGGUGUGCUGUUGUCUCGUCAGCAGGAUCUCUGAAGUCUUCCCAACUGGGUCGAGAAAUAGAUGAUCAUGAUGCAGUCCUAAGGUUUAAUGGGGCACCCACAGCCAACUUCCAACAAGAUGUGGGCACAAAAACCACCAUCCGCCUGAUGAACUCUCAGUUGAUCACCACAGAAAAACGCUUCCUCAAAGACAGUUUGUACAAUGAAGGAAUCCUGAUUGUGUGGGACCCAGCUGUCUACCAUUCAGAUAUUCCAAAGUGGUACCAGAAUCCGGACUAUAAUUUCUUUAAUAACUACAAGAGCUACCGCAAGCUGAACCCCAGUCAGCCCUUUUACAUCCUCAAACCCCAAAUGCCUUGGGAACUGUGGGAUAUACUUCAAGAAAUCGCCCCAGAAUCGAUUCAGCCAAACCCCCCAUCCUCUGGGAUGCUCGGUAUCAUUAUCAUGAUGACGCUGUGUGACCGGGUGGAUAUUUAUGAGUUCCUCCCAUCCAAGCGCAAGACUGAUGUGUGCUACUACUACCAGAAGUUUUUUGACAGCGCCUGCACAAUGGGUGCCUACCACCCACUGCUCUAUGAGAAGAAUUUGGUGAAGUACCUCAAUGAGGGCACAGAUGAGGACAUUUACCUGCUUGGAAAAGUUACAUUACCUGGCUUCCGGACCAUUCGCUGCUGAGCACAGGCCCUGGCCAGCCCCCUCACUCUUCUCCAUCAGGCGUUUUAUGGCUAGUCUCUUGGCCACCCCAGCCUGGGAAGACCACUUUCCUGAACUAUCUCAGUCUGCUCCUUGCACUCCAGGGGUCUCUGUCAGCAAGAGCUCUUGGGCUUCAGGAGUCAGGGAAAGGAACCAGGCCCAGCCUUCCUAUAGCCACAGAGACUAUAUUAGCCUAGAGCCUCCCGUCACACAUGUGCACAUACCCCUAGCAUUCUUUCCAGACAGCAUCCUCCCUACUUUCCACACAGGUGAUGCAAGAUCUACCUUUCCCGCCAGGGAUGCCAAGGCUGGGCUUUGUUUUUCUCAACUGAGUGGUGUCAUUCUCACAAACCAACACUUGGUAUUGCUUGAAAUCUGCACCUGCACUUCUCGGUAUCUAGGUGUCGUGUUUUAAAGAAACUUUCCCAAAUCAUUACUGUGCCCAAAGCAAGGUGGCUCUGGGGGGCAGGUAAGCGGUAUAGAGCAUUGGAAACAUGCUCGACUCCUCCAGAGCAAAGUCGCUCCUGAGGCCCACGCCCUGGAACACGUUCCUACUACUCUGGCUGGUUGGGUUAGUUCUUAGCCUGGGCGCUCAUGGGCAAAGGGUCCUGAUUAACCCACCUUUCCUCUGCAUGUGGAGAUGAAAGGUACAGAAGAGUACACUCUGUGUCCUCAAGUUGCUCACUGUUCAGUGGGAGAGACAGACAUCUAAACAGGCAGUUAGAGUUCAGUGUACUCCAUGUACCAGGGGCUUAUAGAAAGAUGGGCUUACUGUCUGUGUACUUCCUGUGGGUAAGAGAUGGCUUCAUAGUGCUGGGGGUAUUGGAGUGGGUCUUAGAGGAAGAGGAGAAACAUGGCAAACAGAUUUUGUGUGAGUCACUUGAAUUGUGCUUUUCUCCUAUAUACUUUCUAAGACCUACCUGAACUUGGAGACUCAAUCUCUUUUUUGAGGAAUCCCCUCACCUGUGUCUGAGAUAGUGAGUGCAGCCUUACAGCAGACAUCAGGCAAGUCAGAUCCCAAAAGCCUGGUUCCUCCAAGCUCAGUGAGCCUGACCCUAUUCUACCAGCUGAGUUUGCACACUGUACUCCAACUUUCUUUUUAAUGCCUACCCCAAAUCCUCUCCUAACCACCACCUUCCCCUGCCUUUAAAAGUAGUCUUGCCCUCCCAAAUUAAUUUUAAGCCUUUUCUGCU